AUGCUGGCAGAUGCGGCUUGCUCGACAAAGAGUGCACUUCGCUUGACCUCGAAGCUUCCGAGCUGCUUCUUGCUGGCCUCGCUCCUGGCUGCCAGGCUGACUGCAGCCAAUGCGGAAAAGACGCUGCAGCAGGACAUUUUCUUCAGCAAAUCAUGGGGUUCCCCUCGCGAGAGCCAGCUGAUGCAAGAGAUGCGCUUGUGGGGAUCGAAAGACAUUCAGGGCAGCCAUCGGGUAGUGGCCGCGAUGACAACUACUCCGACGCGGAUUCAGCUGAUCGAGCGUGUCGUCGACAGCCUCCUAAAUCAGAGCAGGCCCUUGGAUGCAGUCUACCUUUUUGUUCCCCACGUCUUCUUGCGGGACGGCAGCCAGUACAUCCUUCCUCCUUGGUUGCAGCAGAAGGCGGCGGAGAACUUCCACCUGCGUCGAUGCGAGGACUCUGGGCCGGCCACGCACAUGCAGGAGGUGCUCAAGAUAGAGCUGGAUCCCAACACAUACAUACUGCAGGUCGAUGACGAUCAGGAGUACGGACGGAAGUUGGUGGAGAAAUUGCUGAAGGCGACAAGUCCUCUCCCAGGUCGCGCAAUUGGAGCAGCCACUCAGCAUGCCUACAGCUACCUCAAGGGUCCCGUCUUGGAGGGCGUGCACGGCGUGCUUUUUCAGCGGAAGUUCUUUGACAGCAGCAUUUUUGAUUACACCGGUUUCUCGGAGUACUGCAAGCUGCACGACGACUUGUGGCUCUCCGCUCACUUGGCACGAAAAGCUCGAAGGCGCGAGGCUCUGACUUCUCGUUUCGGAGCCAAGCCGCUCAGCUUUGGCUUCCGCUCGGAUGCGCUCUUCCAGGGCGGAGCCGGCACGGACAACCACUGGAACUUCUUUGCUUGCAUGUCCUCACUGAUGGAGAAGAUGCCCAGUCUCUGGGAACCAGAGGACCGCGUGGCCGUGGUGGCGCCGCUUGCCGGGCUCCGCGCUCAGGAUGCCGCGCAGGCACUUCGGCGGCUGCUUCGAAGGCUGCAGCGGGAGCCUGGUUUUGGGCCGCAUGCUCUGUACCUGUUUGGAAACAUCGCAGAUGCAGGGUCGCUCCUUCGGAAAAGGCCAGGCAAGACACCAGAGAUGACAGUCCCCGGUGGCUUUGCCGCGACUUUGCCUGGGCCUUCGGGUCUCAGCAUGGACCUGGUUUUUCAGGGCUGCGGCGUGGACGCUCCAUGCUCCUGGGCCACUACCUUGCGGACAGUGCUGCAGUUCGAAGAGGAUCCUGCCACCGUCAUCGUGUUGUCAGAUGGCAGCGAUGCUAACAUGGAGGCUGCCCUUCACCAGCACCAGCAAUGCCUUGGGUCCGAAGCCACCCUGCACGUCUGCCGGGCAUCGGAUGGCAGCACCUCUUUUCGGCGGAUCGCGGCCUACAGCAGCCAGGAUCCACUCCGGACAGCUGCCUUCAUGCCCUACUUUAGCACCUCGGCGCCGGACAUGGCGUUGGCUCACCGUAAACCCAAAACCUCUGAAAAACUGGAUCCCACUCGAAAUUCCGGGUUUAGGGUUUAG